AUUUUUUUGAAUUCUUAAUUAACAUAAUAUCAUAACUUAUAUUAAAAUAUGGAUAUCAAUUACUACUCAUUAUUAAAUUUAAAAAGACAUUGUACCAAAGAUGACAUACAUAGAGCAUUUGGCAAACUAGUAAAUAAUCAAAUUCAAAAUUGUUGUUUGGUUAUGUUGUGUGAAGCAUAUGAGGUAUUAUCUGACCAAUUUCGCCGAGCUAUAUAUGAUGAAUAUGGUGUAGAGGGAAUUAAAAAAGGUGUAAAUACCAAUGAAUUGUACAUUGAUCCAUGGACCUACCAUUGUGAUGUGAAAAGCACAUAUUUGUAAGUAACAUAUACCUAGUCAGAUAUUUGAGUGGUGUACCCAGGUUUAUUUUUGGGGGGAGGGCUGAUAAUGCAUUUACACAGAGAUGGUUUAACUAGGGUCUCCCGUAAGCCAUUAGUUUAGAAUAGGUACUGAUGUCAAAGUUUUAUUUUAGGUUUUGGUUCCUGUACAGCUUACAAAUUUGUAAUUGAUGUAACUGUCAUAGACCAUUUUUUAACAUUUCGGUACCCCCAUGGCUAUGCCACUGUGAUAUUCAUAGGUGCAAUUUGAAUUUUAUAUUUUGGGGGGGAAGGGCUACAAUUUUUUUUAAACAAACCUAUAGCGACGCACCCUAACACCUUCAUUGCUUAAAUUAUAUUCUUAAGGUUUGAUACGAACUACCUUGUUAUUGCUAUUAUUUAUAUUUUGUAAACUACCAGCACCAUACAAAUAUUUUUUAUACAAAUAGUUAAUAAUAUAUAGCGCUGUGAAUUUAAUAAAAACCUUAAAUCCCAAAAAAUGCUCUGAAAAAACUAGGACGCUUCACCGAUAUUUGCUGUCUCCAUCUUACAAGAGCUUAACAGCAUAACAUAGCAAAUUUGGAAAAACGUACUUUUUCCUUUUUACCCUUUUGAUAAAUCACGAUUUUCUAUUUUUAAUUACCACUGGAAAUAGUACGUUAUGUAUUUAACUCAAUUAUAUUCCCUUACAUCUUCAUACUAUGGGAAAUAGUCAAUAUGGACUACCUACUUUGGAAAUAGUGCGUUUUGCGUAAUUUUUGAGUUUCAGAUUGGUUUUAACAAAGUAAAUAGGUAGUACCUACGUUUUGGUUCAAUUUAACCAAGCCAUUCAAUUCCUCGUCCAUGGGAACGAAAUGAAUUUAUUGAUUAUAUAAUGAUGUGUUUUUUUUUUUAAAUUUUUUUUUGUGUCUGUCAUCACCUUUUAGGACAGUAAAAGUGC